AUGUUCCGGGGGAAGCGCAGGAGCCGGGUGGGCGCCCUGGAGGAGGGGACUCCCUUCGCGUCCCCGCAGCUCCCAGAAGCGGUGGCUGAGCGGGUUCUGCUUCGGGGCAUCUUCGAGAUCCAGAGGGAAAGCUGUGACGUGGUGCUGGGCGAGAGGACCCUUCGGUGGCGGCGCAUCCAGCCCGAGCUCCCGGCGGGAGGUUCCAGGUGUCACCUGCCAGGCAGAGAAGAGUCCAUAGAACUGGAAGGCAUCUUUUCUGUGAAGCUGAAGCGGCGCUGCUCUGUGAAGCAGUCGAGCCAAGGCACGCUCCUGGGCAUCACCCUUUUCAUCUGCAUGAAGGAGCAGCCAAACAAGCUCAAGGAUUCUACGCUUGAUCUUAUCAACUUGAGUGAAGACCACUGCGACAUAUGGUUCAGAGAGUUCAAGAAAAUUCUGGAAGGUAACACACAAGCCUGGAGUAAUUGGGUGCAGGGCAAUGAAAAUGAUGUACUCUGGGGGUUAGCAAAGAAAGGCUCCUGGGAGGAUGUGGGGUUUGGAGUCAGCCUUGAAAAAACAAAGGGCAGAAUUUUGAUUGUUAAAAUGUGUCUGAAACUGAAACAAAAGCACCUGAGUGGAGAAGGCCCAGCUUUGGCAUCUGCCACAGUAAAUGGAUGGAGUCGUCAUAAGGAGCUGAACCGGCCCCAGAGGAGCCUCUGCUGUAUUAGCACAGCUCUGUGUGGAGCGGGUGGGGGGCACCCAGGGCACAGGUGCCAGAACCCUGCAGCAGAGGACUUGAUGGUGAGAGAUGCAGAAGGUCUGGGAGCCAGAGUUCUCAGAGCUCACGGAAGUACACGAACUGGAAAAAAGCAAGACGUUCGGAAUGGAUGGGGUCUUAGCAUGUGUGAUCUGGACAGCCAUGGCUCCUUAUCAAAACAGAGAUUCCCCCCCAAAGGCUUCUUGGGAGUGUCCAAAGACUUUGGCAUGGCUCUGUCCAUUCCUUAUCCCCCUGAAUUCAGUGUUUCCCAAGGCAGGCCUAAGGCACUAAAGAUCCUCCUCAACCCUCAGGGUCACAGGAAGGAGUCUGUCCAAGUCUACUACGAGAAGGUGGAGCCUCUGCUGAAACUCCGCGGGAUAAAGACGGAUUGUGACAAUACAGAAUAUGAAGGGCACGCCCUGUCCCUGCUUGACGGAUGUGAGCUCCAGGGAUUUUGAUGGGAUGGUAUUGUCUGUGUUGGUGGAGAUGGAUCUGCUAGUGAAGCUGCCCAUGCCCUGCUCCUCAGAGCUCAGAAGGAUGCUGGGGUAGAUAUGGACCACCUCCUGACUCCCACGGGAGCUCAGCUUCCACUUGGCCUAAUACCAGCAGGAACUACGAAUGUAUUGGCACAUUCUCUUUGUGGAGUUCCUCAUGUAGUGACGGCAACGAUGCACAUUAUAAUGGGUCACAUACAGUCAGUAGACAUCUGUACCUUCAGCUCUGCUGGCAAGCUUCUUCGCUUUGGGUUCUCAGCCAUGUUCGGCUUUGGUGGAAGGACUUUGGCUCUGGCAGAGAAAUACCGAUGGAUGUCCCCUAGUCAGCGGAGAGAGUUUGCUGUACUCAAGGCCUUGGCCAAACUUCAGCCAGAGGAUUGCAAAAUAUCAUUUUUUCCAGCUGGAUGCUCUCAGGAUGAACAAGAAAGAAAUGCACAGCAAUCUCCAGAGUCUGAAAGUGCUGGUCAAUGGCAAACCAUCCAAGGGCAGUUCUUGAAUAUCAGCAUCAUGGCAAUCCCCUGUCUGUGUUCAGUGGCACCCAGGGGUUUUGCCCCCAACACCAGGUUAAACAAUGGAAGCAUGGCUCUCAUAGUUGUACGGAACACCACUCGACAAGAAUUUGUAAAGCACCUGAAAAGGUACUCCAGCAUAAAGAAUCAGUUCGAUUUUCCUUUUGUGGAGACUUACACCAUUGAAGAAGUGAAAAUUCAUCCAAAGAGUCAUAGCAGUGGAUACAAUCAGCAGGAGGAGGGUAGAGACCAAGCAGCUCUUCCAGAAAACACUUUCCCUUGGAAUGUAGAUGGUGACUUAAUGGAAGCCGCAUCCGAGGUCCACAUUAGACUGCACCCAAGACUGAUCAGGCUUUAUGGAGGAAGCCUGGGAAUGAAUGAUUCCAAAGUAGCAUGUAAUUGCAUAUAA